AGGUAUCCGAACCUCAUUAGACCACGUGACUAAAAAGACGAUGUCGGGACAUAUCGGUGUAUGUCGGAAGGUGUCGGAAAUUAAUAAAAGUAUUUUAAUAAAUAAAUAAAAAUGAAAUAAAUAACUAUUAUUUUAAAUUUCAUUUUGUUCGUCAAUCAUUAAAAAAUAAAAUACGUUCAAGUUUGAUGUUUCCGUAAAGUCUCGCACACACGAGAUGGUGGGAAAAUCUGUAAUGGCUGCGCCCCUGAAAAAAGUCGUGCGGGACAAACGCGGUCGUUUUACGUCGGAUAUAGUCAAAAAAGGGGAGAAGGAUGACAGCACAAAACGACAGAAGGGUAUUAGAAACAUCGUUGUCGAACAUAAUUACCCCAUUGGACAUUUUCACGACGAUAACAACAGAUGUGAAGAAUGUUGUCCGGGAAUAUCACGGUUAGUGAAUUCAAAAAAGAUAGAAACGGAAGAUUGGGGAAAGGGUAGGCGUGUUGUAGAAUUGAGAUGUUUGGUCGAUUCCUUAAGCCACUGUCUGUUCUGUAGGAUGGGACCGUUAUAUCUUGCGCAUGAAACUAUCAAAGGUGAAAUGAAGAUGGGACUGGGGGGGUAUUUGUAUAUACAGUGUAUUAACUGCGGGCAGCUGAAUACCAUCCCAUAUGGCAGUACAUACUCCGAGCCAUCGACAAGAGGACAGAGAAUGUUUUCAGUGAACACAAAGUUAGGUGCAGCAAUGAUUGACUCGAUUGGAGGCCCACAACGAGUCAAUAAUUUCCUUACAACGCUUGAUCUCCCAUCAAUAUCAAACAAAAAUCUCAAAGCCAUGGAACGACGAGCUGGGCAAAUAAUUGAAGAUUAUGCAGAGAAAAGUAUGGCCAUUGCAACUAAAGUAUCAUUUGACACUGAAAUGAGUGACAUUUCAACUAUGGAAGAAAAAAAUGCACCAUUUGUCCAUCAUGCUACUUUUGAUGAGGAGUUGGGUACUGCAGUUAUAGAUGGUGAAUUCCUAGGUAAUCCUGCAUCACUUUUGAAAUCUACAAGUGUGCUUCAAGACCAGGAGGAAAGUGGCGAUUCUGGAAAUGAUGAUGAUGAUGAUGAUGAUGAGAAUUCUAACCCAGCGCAAGUUUGUCUGCCAGAUCGAGAUUCACAAAAUGUUGACCAUUCUCCUCAGACUCCAAAACUAGUUUGUCCAUCACAUGUAGAUUUACAGGAAAUGGACCUUGCUCUUCACACUCCACAAGGAAUAGUCAAUGAAACUGCACAUAUAGACAAAGUGUCAGGAAGGUCAUUUGGAAAAGUCAAGAUGAAAAGACAGGGAGUGGCUGUUUCAAAGAAGCUGAAAUUUAACCCACGAACAAGAACAGGAAUGACAGUUUGUGCUGACCAUGGCUGGCAAAAAAGGGGAUUUGAUAGUCUAACAGAUAAAACAUUUAAACAUUCAACAGGCCAUACAUUUUUGGUCAGCAAAAGUAAGUAUGGCAAUAAAGUUCUUAAAACUGUUAUUAAACAUCGAACUUGUUCGGUUUGCAAAUGGUGGAAACGAAAUAGACCUGGACAACAGGUUCGCAAUCACAAAUGUGUCUGGAAUCACAAAGGUUCAUCAAGACAGAUGGAGGCUAUGGCUGGGAUUCAGGCGAUAAAGGAGAUGAUGUCACAAAAGACACCAGUUGAAGUUAUUGAGGGUGAUGGAGACAAUACUGUGAUAUCGAGGAUUGAGAAUGAACUGGGUGUAAGAAUAAAGAAAAAACUUGACCGUAACCAUUGUGUUAAAAAUGUCACUAAACAUUUAUAUGACUUGAAGAAUAGUAAAGCCGCAAAGAUAAGCAAUCAGGUGAUUCAGCACUUCACAAAAUGUAUCAAGUACAUCUUCGCUAAAAAUCAAGGUGAUCCAGAUGGCAUGCGGGAAAACUUGGAAGCAUUAGUGCCUCACCAGUUCGGAGACCAUACCAAGUGUGUUCCAAGGUUUUGUGGAUACAAGAGAAGACCAGCUCAGACAUACUUGCAUCGAAGUUUACCGUACAAGACAUCACUGAGUGACCCAGUUUUGAAAGAAAAACUUGAUAAAAUCUUUGAACCUGUGAUUGCCAAAGCUACCUUGUAUAGUGAUUUAGGGUCCAGCCAAGCUUGCGAACAUGCUAAUCGAGCAGUCAGUUUACGAGCACCAAAACACUUGCAUUAUGGGGAAAGUCAAAGCCUUGACUUCCGUGUAAAAGCUACUGCAGCAUGUAUGAAUGAAGGUCGCAAAUACUUACCGGAGGUAGACAAGUUUGAUGUUAUAUUGAGGUGUUUGUUGAGUUUUGUUCAAUUUCCUGUUGUCAGUUUUGACCAUUUUUUGCAGCUUGUAUUUAAAGAACACGGAUUAUCCCCUGGUCAUCAUACACUGAAAUAUUCGGAGAAGAUGGACAUGGAAAGACAGAAGAGACAGGAAAGAUCAAAGUUGCCUGGAAAGAAGCGCCGUCGAUUGGAAUUGAAGCAGGAGAGAAUUACCCAAAAAGGAGCCAAUGAAGCAGCUGAAGGAGAUACAUAUCAAUCAGAAGUUGGACUUUCUGACCAAGUCGACAUCCAGACUAUUCCUGAUGCAGUUCCCAAACCAGGAUUCACCAAAGUCGACCACCUGAACGAAGUUCAAGAGAAUAGGGUCAUUAUCGACCUAGAAACUACAGGAUUGAUUCAGCGUGGACUAAUGCCUCAUAUCACACAGAUUGCUGCACAAGUUAUGGAUUCUGAUGCCGAGUUUUCAUAUUAUGUUUCACCUAAAGUACCCAUCAAUGAAAAAGCUGAGCUGAUAACUGGGAUAUCCUGGGAUGGUGAACACAUGACUGUGCACGGAAAGCAAGUGGCAACUGUAUCGAUAACAGAAGCACUUUCAAAAUUUUUAAUUUUUUUGAAGAACAUUAGCAAUGUUGUUUUGAUUGCACACAAUGGAAGAGUUUUUGACUUCCGUGUUCUAUCCUAUGCUAUAUGUAGAGUAGGAAUGAUGAAUGAAUUUUCAAAUCAUGUUUUAGCAUUUGUGGAUUCUUUGUCAUCAUUGCGUUCAAAAGUUCCAAAACUUGGUUCUUAUAAGCAAGAAUUUCUAGCAGAAUAUUUCUGUCAAGAAUCUUACAAUGCUCAUGAUGCAGUUGAUGAUGUCAAAAUGCUAGCUAAGAUUUUGUGUGCAAGUGGCAUGACAAAAGCAAAUUAUGUAAAACAUUCUUAUGCAUCAAAUUGUCAUUUUUUACAAGAAGAGUUCAAUCUUGCCAAGGCCAAAAAUAUUGGCACCCUACAUUGUCUUGUUGCCAGUGGUGUUCUCAAAUUAGCUACUGCAGAAAAUAUAGCAGGUUCUGGCCUAAAUCUACAACAUUUGAAACUUGUUUGGCAGAGAGAUGGUGAAGAUGGUCUGAGAAAUAUUUUUACUGCAAAAAAUUGUAUCGAGAAACCACGUGUUACCAAAGAUAAAAAGUUGUUGGGAAAUAUUAUUCCAAAGCUUUGUUCAUUUUUUGAACAGUAAAUUUGUCAUGUUUUAUAAGCAUGUUUUGUGUUUGACACAUGUAAAGUUGAUACAUUAGCUAUUUGGUCUUUAGAUGUGAAAAGUAAACUUUAUAUGAUAAUGAGCAUUUCCUGAUGAUUCAAGGUCAGGUCGAUGUUAGUGACAUUUAUCAUUGUUUUAUUAAGAGUUCCUAUGCUUUCAUUGUUUGAAUGAUACAUUUUUCAUAUGUCUGUUAAUUUUUUUUUCCAAAUUGGAAUGUUGCAUCAAAAUGUUUCAAUGUUAAGAUUUUUGUAUGGGG